GGUGGUUUAGCAAAUGAUUGCAGACGGAUCUGAGGGAAUUAUUGGUCACGAAGCAUAGAUUGGAAAUAGCUGGUGUUGACUUCGAGAGGGUUUAUAAAAAGGGCGGGAAAAUUUUCAGACCUAAUCAGAAUCGAUUUGUUUUGCACUAGUGCCGGUGCUUUUGUCUUUACACACCAAAGGACCAAGCUCUGAAGGGCAUUAACAUGGCCGCCCAUUGCUUUCAUCUGAUUGGUUGCCUGGUCCUGAGUCUCUCCAUUCUUUUGUGUCCUGCCGCGCCAUUGGAUAACGCGGACGAAGCCGACAGUAAGACGUCCCCUGAUUGGCCGGCCCAAAACACCGCAGAGUUCGAGUUCGCCCCAAUUCAAGACACUGAAUUCAAGCGGGCACGGUUAACUGGGAUUUCACCCUUCGACCUGAUAGGAAAGCGGAGCGAUUAUGACAGUAAACGAGCACGUCUGACGGGUAUCUCUCCUUUCGACUUGAUAGGAAAGCGGGAUGAAGAUGAUUUCAUGAAGAGAGGUCGACUAACCGGUAUUUCACCGUUCGAUCUCAUCGGGAAACGUGACAGUGAUGAUUUCAUGAAGAGAGGACGACUUACCGGUAUUUCACCGUUCGAUCUCAUCGGGAAACGUGACAGUGAUGCCUUUCUGAAGCGGGCCCGGUUGACGGGAAUUUCACCCUUCGAUCUCAUUGGCAAAAGAGACACUGUAGAUGCUAUGAAACGAGCUAGACUGACUGGGAUAAGCCCGUUUGAUUUGAUUGGCAAGAGAGCUGAAGAUGCUUAUAAGCGGGCCAGACUGACCGGCAUCAGCCCGUUCGACCUUAUCGGGAAGCGGACAUAUGAUGGUGUGAAGCGAGCCCGACUUACCGGGAUUAGCCCGUUUGACCUGAUUGGGAAGAGAGAUGAUGAGUGGGCGGAGCCGGAGGAUUACAAGCGCGCUCGUCUGACCGGCAUUAGUCCGUUCGAUCUAAUUGGUAAACGCCCAGAGGGUGGGAGCAUUCACAAGACUUCCCAACCUGCCCCUGUUCGAUCUGCCGGGCCCGAUACGGAGGAAGCUAGGUCGGGUAGCAGAAGCUGAGGUCUCCGAGUAACAAGACGAAGACUUCGAGAUCAAACGUUUCGCCGGAACAUCUGCCAAGCGUGGGUUUGUUUCCCUCCGCGUAUUCAUUGUUCUACUUUGCAUUAACGGCAACACUCUAUCGAAAAACCACAGUCAGAAAGAAUAAUGAUUUAGAAAUGUAUAGUGACUUAAAAAUUAUGCUGACUUACAAAGUGUUUGAAACGAAUGAACAAGGACAGAAAGACUUAAAGAUGUAUGUAGAAGAGCAUUCAUGUAAUUGUAAGUGUCUUAUAAUGGUUAGAUUAUAUCAAUUUAUGCUGGUGCCUUUUUUGCACGGUAAGGCGUGAUUUUAGGUGACAUGGCCAGACAACAAAGUAAUUCUGGAUGAGGAAAAUAUUUUGUUGCUGUUUAUGGAUUACAAUUGUAAUCUGUUGACCGUGAAAGUAGACUUAAAUGACUGUAUCUAGGUUGUCUUUAACUCAAGGGAAGCCAUGAUGAAUUCAAGGUGUAGAGACAACUACGAAUGGUUUCGAGAAAAUUGUAGAGAAAUAAAAAAAACCAGUGCAGAAUGUAUUUCAAGUGUAGCAAUGCUUAGACCUUAUCAGAUGCAGAAUUUGUAGGAAAAAACCCGCAUAAUUAAUUUGACAACGUGAUGAACGCUUGCGAUCAUAAUUUUGAGCUUGCUUAUCUUGCUUUGUUGUCGAUCGUGGGUUGUUUCACAACGCGUUCCAUUCAUAGGAAACUGACAGUGGGUUUCGUAAUUUAACUGUUGUGUAAUUUCUCGGAAGUCUUUGUUGAUUUUUUCUCUUUUGGUAAGCAUCCCUUUUGUGAAAUCAGUCGUAAAUUGAUUGGGUAUUUGUUGGCUAAACAAUGUAGCGACGAGCUUUUUUCUUUUCCCCACACGUGCCUUAUACAGAAUGCGUAGAAUAUAGAAAGCUUGACAAAGUAAUGGCAUUUCCGCGCAAAGUCAUGUAGGAAACUACAUGAACAUUUACUCAUUUGAAAACAAGCAUGUUUUAGUGAAAGUGUUUUCAGUAAAACACAAAAAAGAAGAAGAGUGAAAUAGGCACAAGGUUUUCUGAACAUGAAAAGACUAUACGUCUGAACAUCUGAACUUAAAGAGGCUAUAUCAAGUAGAAAAAUAACAUUUUUAGUUUCAGAAUUGCGCCACCUUGCGACUAUAUAUUUAAAUUUCAAAACGUGCUUUGGGUUCCUUUGACAUACCUAAGCUAGUUAUUUAAAAUAAAUGUGUGAGUCAAGACGAUUUCGUUUUCUCUUCAGAGUCAAGCUCUCAAUUUCACUUUUGUCUCAACUGUCAAGAAUCAUCUUUGCAGAUUUUUUUUUCAGGCAAAAUGCUCGUCAAAUAAGUGAGUCAUGAUAUUUUGGAGAAUCGUUUACCACUAAAUGUCUUCAAUGGCCACUGAAUUACAAACAAAACCUCACAACCAUCAAUUAUGCAGCUGCAUGCGAUCAGUUAAACAUUGAUUCUUGAAAGUGUAAACACUGAGGGUCAAGGAAAACAAAUAACUGUCGCAACGAAGGCUACGUAUCGGGGCAGUGAACUUCGGUUACUGAUGAUAGAGUCAUGCCUUUCCGGCUGGCUGCCCUUACAGUUCGGUAUCACAAUUGAAUAAUUUAGUGAUCAAGGAUGUUACUAUUUAAUGCAGUUCCCAUGUGUAUACUGUAAUGAUUGCUCGCUUUUGAAUAAUGUAAGUGAUAAUUCCCUGCCCAGUACAUCUUUUACGCUACAAGCUAGAACGAUUCAGUGUCUAGGGGUUGUAUUCAAAUCAUUAUUAGCCAUCACAAUCAAUCACAAGUCA